AAUUCGUCCAACCAAAGUCGCGUAUCACUUGCAAUUGGAACAAAUCCAAAAGCAUGGAACUAUAGAUACAUGUUUGAGAGACCGGGAAUGAAAGGGAAUGCGUUAGACGAUGCGAUUGAAAAGAUGACGGAAACAAUCUUGUCCACGUAUGGAAUCAAAGAUGAAGAUUUGGUUGACCCUGCAAGCUCAUCGCAAGAGAGUGUAUACAUUGUUGGAAGGAUUGCACCAGUGGUACAGAACGAAGCAAAGAUCGUGAACGGAAAACCCAAACAACCCAAACUGUCCGAUGGACUGGUAGUGGAAGUGUCCCGCAGAGUUGGCGGAGCAAGCCGAACUCCAAUGCAUUUACCCAACAAUGUCAAAGUUCGAGCUUUGCCUACAUCUGACGGACAGGGCAUUCCUCAUCCAAGUACGACUGGUGGUCAACUUGCCUUAUUCCCUGGUUUGAUCGCCGGUUUCAAAGGACGAAAUGGAGGAGGAGAUGCUUUUCUCGUUGAAGAGAUCUUGAUGCCACCCUCGCUUCCGUUGCCAGAAACGGAAGUGGUGGAUUUGCUUGAGCAUCAACACGCUGCUGGAAAGUUGAAGGGCGAGCCGAUGAGCAUAUUUGUGGCAUCAGGUCCCUUUACGCUGGAUAACGACCUAAACUUCACACCGUGGCACAGACUUUUGGACCAAAUCGAACAACGCAAGCCAGACGUGGCAUUGUUUAUGGGUCCUUUCCUGCCCGUCAAUCACAACUCGCUUCUUGAUCCCAAUCUUACGCAAUUGCCACAAGAAUUGUUUGAGAAUCACAUCGGAUCUAGAUUACGCCGUCUUUGCGAUUCUUCUGCUCGUACAACGGCCAUCUUAUUACCCAGCACUCGGGACAUCGUUCAUCCUCAUGCUGCUUGGCCCCAACCGAUGUUUGAUAAGACAAUGCUUGGCAUUCACAAGCGUGUCAAAUGUUUGCCAAAUCCAUGCAUGUUCAGCAUUAACGAGGUGAUCUUUGGUAUUUCAACGGCGGACGUCUUGCGCGAUUUACGUUCGGAUGAAUUGGUAUUCAACGUAACGGUAGACGGAGAAAAGAAUGACGGCAGUACACCAACAAGAACACGAGAUGCAAUGGCACGUUCAAUUCGUCAUGUAUUGCAUUCACGUCAUUUUUACCCACUCUUUCCUGCUUCGACCGCAACAGAUUUACCUUUGGAUGUUUCUCAUGCUCAUUUAGCCCAAUUCACAGACGUUACGCCAGAUGUUUUGUUGUUGCCCAGCAUUUUGACGCCUUUUGCCAAGAUCGUCGACGGAACCGUGGUUGUCAAUCCAGGUUUGACGGCAAAAGGCAAUAAUGACGGAAAAGGUUCGUUUGCUUGUUUGCAAGUCAAGCCUAUGCCUAAACAAGAUUUGCAAAACGUCAUCCAGCAAGACUCAGAAGCCGAUACGGAGGGUACAAGAUGGCAAAAUGCAUUGUAUGAUCGCACACGAGUCGAUAUUACCAGAAUCUAA